AUGCUGUCAAGUACUCGAUUCAAACAUAUUCCUGCUCGACUUCGACUGUUGGUUACGAAUCUGUACCUCGUAUCGGGUUCCGAGAUCAUACAAGCUAAAUGGAAGGAGCCAGAUUUGCACAACAAAGCCUACAAAGCUCUUUCUGUCCACAACAUGUGCAAGAUGCCGAAGGACGCGUUGGCCUUUUGGAUGGAUGACGAUUCUGGUCAUCAUCUGCAACCGCACCCACACAGUAAAGUUCCGCCCCAUCUCCGCAUCGAAUAUCUCACAGACUCGUUGGUGUCAACAUUCUCAACAGGCGAUGGUUUGAAGCCUUUCGCUAGGCGCUUUACGACGAAUCUGACCGAGCGUCUUUUGGAUACUGACUCUGUACGCCCGAUAUGGUCAAGUUUCCCAGGUUUGUUUGCAUUUAUGCGAGCAGGAUUGUUUCCCGCAGCUGUUGAGGCCAUGUGUGGCCAAAGUCUUCUUUUAAAGCACCCCCCUUUCGUUGAAGACUUCUGGGCGUUCAACAAGGUCUUACCAGGGUUGGCCAAAGGCUAUCCUCGAUGGCUUUUUCCUCAGAGUUAUAGAGCGCGUGACAUAUGCCUUUCCUCUCUUAAACGAUGGCAUGAACUCAUAUGUACUCACUUCGACGAACCAGCAGUCGGAAACAAAGGCUGGAACCCGGCGUACGGCACCGAGUUUGGGAGCGCAGCAUUUUCGACAGGGGCUAGCAGCAUGAUUGUUGAUUUUGUUUUGUAUGUGUUACGUGAACGGCACAGAUGA